UCUUAACUUUUUACCGCUCAAGAACGCAUCAGCUCUCACUAUUUGCAUUUUACUCUUUUUGGUUUUUCUAGUCAGGGAUUUGCAAAAAAAAAAGCAGAGUGAUUUUGCUGGAUUCAUUGCAAUUAGUAAAGAAAGGAAUGACACCUUUUUGCAUCCACUGAUUCUUCUUUGAUGACUAAGCGUUUGGAAUUGAGUACUGUAUCUGAUAGGAGAUUAACCGUAUUCUACUGUUUUUGCAGAUUCUUUACCUGGUACAGCUUGGUUGCAGGCAAAAGUUUGCUAUCCUGCUGGCAAAUUAUCUCUCAUCAUGGGAUGGUUGACCAAAACUCUGACAGUUUCUGGUCAUAAAGGUCAAUCUCAUGGGACAUAUGGAGAUGAUAGGAUUUGGAACGAGCCUAGUUAUUCCGUGGAUGAUUCAUCCGGUUUUGACAGAGAUGAAAUUGAUCGUGCAAUUGCAGUGUCUCUUUCAGAAGUGGAUGAAAAAGGGAAAAAAGUGAUUGAAAAUGAAUCUGAUUCGGAGGAAGAUAUACAAUGUAUUAAAUCUGACUUUGAUGAAGAAGAAGAUGAACUAUAUGCUAAAGCUCAGAUAGAGGAACAUGAACGGCGAGCUCAACAAGAGGAGGAUGAACAACUUGCGAAGGCCAUUCAGGAAAGUUUGAGCUUUGAGUCUCCCCCUCGAAAUGAUACUCCAAAUAUAUUUCAACCUUUUCAAUUCUUUUAUCCUUCGGGUUACAGGACCUGUGCUGGUUGCAACACUGAGAUUGUUCAGGGAAGAUAUAUAAGUUGCAUGGGUGCUUUUUGGCAUCCUGAAUGCUUCCGUUGCCAUGGUUGUAAUCAACCAAUUACAGAUAUCGAGUUUUCAUUGUCUGGGAAUCGUCCCUAUCACAAACACUGCCAACAUCGCCCAAAAUGUGAUGUCUGUCAUAAGUCCAUCCCAACAAGUUUACGUGGCCGUAUUGAGUAUAGAGAACAUCCUUUCUGGCAUCAGAAAUACUGUCCCUCACACGAACGAGAUGGGACUCCUCGGUGUUGCAGUUGUGAAAGAAUGGAGCCGCGGGAUGCAAGAUAUAUAUCACUUGAUGAUGGUCGAAAGCUGUGUUUGGAGUGUCUAGACUCUGCAAUAAUGGACACUCAUGAAUGCCAACCCCUUUACCUUGAAAUACAAGAAUUUUAUGAAGGUUUAAAUAUGAAAGUGGGACAGCAGAUUCCUUUACUUUUGGUUGAGAGACAAGCACUGAAUGAGGCCAUGGAGGGUGAAAGAAAUGGCAAUCAUCACUUACCUGAGACCAGAGGGCUCUGUUUGGCAGAAGAGCAGACUGUUACCAUGGUUUUAAGGAGACCAAGAAUUGGAGCAGGCUACCGACUCAUAGACAUGAUAACAGAGCCUUAUCGGCUAAUUCGUCAAUGUGAAGUGACAGCAAUUCUUGUUUUGUACGGUCUCCCCAGGUUACUAACAGGGUCAAUCCUUGCUCAUGAAAUGAUGCAUGCCUGGCUUCGUCUGAAAGGUUAUCCCAAUUUGAGGCCAGAAGUUGAAGAAGGUAUAUGCCAGGUGUUGGCUCAUAUGUGGUUGGAUUCUGAAACUUAUUCUGGCUCCGGCUCCAAUGUUGCUUCAUCAUCGUCGUCGUCACCAUCCUUGCCUGCAUCAACUAAGAAGGGUAAACGCUCCGACUUUGAGAAGAAACUUGGUGAAUUUUUUAAACACCAAAUUGAGUCAGAUUCAACACCAGCUUAUGGAGCGGGGUUUAGGACAGGUAACAGGGCAGUGAACAAGUAUGGACUUGGGAGAACUCUAGAACACAUCCGCCUCACUGGAAGUUUUCCUUACUGAUUGCAAAAUGCCAGCUUUAUAGGAACAAAACCCAUACCACAGCGACCAAAUACAUCUCGUAACUGAAUAAGUGAUAAAACUGCUAGCUAGUUUCCAUGCAUAAAUACUAUAAUAUUUCUUGAACAAUUUACACAACAUAGAAUGUAUUUAGAAUCCUUAUAAACGAAAUUUAUGCAAAUAUAUUAUAUUAUUUUCAUGUA